CAAGUAUGUUUAAAUAUCAACUCGGCCCGGCCCAUGUACCCCUACUUCGAUUGUUUGAAACAUUAUUUAGAGGAAUGUUGAGUAUGUUUAAAUAUCAACUCGGCCCGGCCCAUGUACCCCUACUUCGGUUGUUUGAAACAUUAUUUAACGGAAUUUUGUUUGUUGAAAUCUCUACAAUCUACUAUUUAAAAGCAAGAUUUGAAAAGCAAAAGGGUGGAAAACUCUUGGUGAGAAGCUUCACUCGAGUGUUGCUUCCCCCUAAAUAACUACCAUGAACCGUGGGAUCGAAUGAACCGGUGUGUGACAAGGCAAUUGUGACCCGUAGGAUGUGCAAUAAUGGUUAGAAACCAUCCUCUCAAUUGCUAGGCCAAGGUAAGCAUUUGUAGCCCUCUUGGCUCAAGCAAUUGAGGGAUGAUUUACCUUCUCCCUAAAACCAAAGUUUGGACGGCAUAAUCACAACUAACCUAGGUGUCUAAAUCAAUUAGAGAUUUUCCCUUCAUUGACCUAGUUAGGAGGCGUGGAAUGCCUAAGAAACCCAGCUCAAUUUUGAGCCUCUUAAGAAAAGGGGGCUUCUCUCUAAUCUAGGUUAGAAUAGCACAAUAAAUUUCCAAGCACACACAAUGCACAAUCACCAUGAAAAAUACCUCAAUUCUUAAAUUAAACACCACAAUCACACAAUCAUUCAAUCCACACAAUCAAUUACAUGAUAGUAGUUAGGGUUCUACAACACCCAAGUGAAAAUGGAAACUACUCCAUGCCAGACAAAGAAAGAACACAAAGGAUGAAGAAAGAAACCAUCAUUGUGAUGCGUCCAACUCUCCUUGUGCUUGUAGAGAUCCUCUCUUGAAGAGGAACUUCCAAAAGCAAACCCUAGCCUCUUCUCCCUCUUGGUUCGUGCUUUCUCUCUCUAGGGUUUCAAGAAGAAGAAGGUUUCUCUCACUUUGAGCUCUCACUUUCUUCUUCCUUUCAGCUCUCUAUUUAUACUCAAAUCGCGCCCAGUUCACCGCCGUGAACAUCAGGUCGCGUCCCUGAAAUCUGCGAACUUGAUCAAAACGCGCCGCUUCACUUUUGGGGUUCACGGUCCAUGGAUCCAGUUCACGGUCUUAGUGACCGUGAACUACUUUGGCGUCAGUAACCUCUGAAACCCCUCUGGACGCUUCGCAGUUCACAGCCCUAGCGACCGUGAACUCCAAUGUUUGACCGUGAAAUGUGGCUGAAUCCUCCUUGUUGCCCAGUCUUUGCUUAUUUUCUUCCAACUUUCGUAAAACCAUCCUUUUUGGAGCUCAAUUGCCACAAACGUCAAAGAGAAACGGGGAUAAAAAAUGUACAUUUAGGCUCGAAUCACUCCCCCACACUUAGACGUUUGCUUGUCCCCAAGCAAACCAUUUCACACAAGGUAAUAUCUCAAUCUAACAAAAUGCUUUGGGGGCAAAUCAAAGGGAACAAAGUGCAAAUCUCAUUGGCUAUUGGCAAUUAACACGUGGACCGUUGCAAGCAAUACCGACAUCCACCACAAACGACAAUCGAGGUCACAAAAAUGGGCAAGUUAUCACAUUGUUCAUGAAUCAAUGCAAGUCUCAACAAGAUCACGUAUCAACCACAACUAAUCAUGCAUAACAUUCAAGUCCAAGGAACAAACGAAUGGACAACAAAAUCCUCACCGGGGUAUGAUAUGACAUGAAAAACAAGAACGAAUCACUCACUCUCUUGACCAGUAGGUUCGGGAUCUUUUGGUGCAAAGAAUGUGCACAAUCAUCAACACUCGACUCUAUCUUCUCUUCCCCACAGUGUCAACCUCUAAAUGUUAGAGUUCACGGGACGGUUUUCAUCACUAGCUUGUGCGGAGGUCUUAGACACGGGUUCAAAUGAUUGGCAAUUGUCUUUGAGAUAGGGAAAAGGCUUUUUGGGUGGUGGCAAACACAACAUGAGUUCCUAUCGUAAUUCACCUCAACAUGGUAAGAGGGAUCUAAGCACACAAGCAUAAUAAUAAACUACCCCUCCACACUUAAGUUCGACAUUGCCCUCAAUGGUGUAAGAUAGGGGUAGAACGAUGUUACCACAUUACUUGGUGAAUGAAAGUUGAAAUUUUUCCGAGGUAGGAGAUUUGAGCUUCAAGGAGAAGACAAAAAAAAAAAAAAAACACACACACACACACAAACAAAACACAUACUCGCUCGAGGCGAGGUUAUUACACAUAAUUGUACGAUAGUAGUUAGUUGUUCACACAUACCAAAUAAAGGAACGAAAAAUAAAAUAAAAGAGUUCAGAUUUACAAGUGGAGAAAUGGGGUGAAAGGAAUUGCCACAUGUCUCACUCGUCGGCUACCUCUCACUGGUUCGAAGGCCCCGACUCAUCAUCUGGAAGGAGGCCCUGGCAACGAGUUAUCUGCUCUAGCAGGUCGGUGUGACGGUCGAGCCGGGAAGUGACUCAUACUACAAGGGUCUCAAGGCGGUCCAUCCUCUCCACGAGGUGCGCCCCGGAAGUGGAAGGACCGGCUCACCCUGAUGAUGCUGCUGCUACUGCUAGUGAUGGUGCAGGACGCUGGAGCGCGCGACGCUGGCGACGGCCAAGAGCUCUAGCCGUGCCUGCUCUGGAGAUGGAACCCGUGGUGGUAGAGGCAGUCCCUCAAUGAACCGAAAUGGUCCAAAUGUUCCCAGUAAACACAUGCAACACAAAGUGCACUCUUCGAACCCCGUGGAGUGCCCCUCAUAUGUGCAGCCCGCCAGAUUAACAUUCAAGUGACGAGCGUGAUGGAUAAUGUAGGGCCCCAUUGAUGUGAUAUAUUGUCGAUUUCCCCUUAUGGCUCUGGCGAAAGAGGUGGCCAAGACUGAACCAAGAUGAAGAUUGCUAGAUGGGUCCACCAUGCAAGCGAAUGCCAGCAAGAUCCUAUCGGUUAUCUUGUUUGGAUUGUGAUAGCUCGGGUAGUGGGAACAGGCAAGGCAAGGAGUGCGUUGAUGAUGCGUCACUAUGGCUUAAGUGUGGACGCCAACAUGGGUGCAAAACGAAAUGGUAUUCGUCGGGGCUCGGACAGGAAAAAUCUUUGAAAAGUUGCAUUCACGUUGCAAACUCUGAUGGCGUCCUCUUCCCAUUAUGCCUCAUACCCGUCGUUAACUCCCAAGGAUCGGGCAAACUCGUCAAAAGUCAGGGUGUGCCAUUCCCCUCCCAAGUGGAAUGUCACCUCGCGCCGCCGAUGGUUGAACGUGCUCUUGCUCCUACGGACUGUGAAGGUACUGAAAAACUCAACACACAACUCCCCAUAAAUGUCAUCCUUCAUUUCAAGGAGUCGGCGCCAUUGUGGGUGCGCCAUAGCCUCCCUCAUGAUGUCUCCACAGUGAAGACUGUCGAAUUGAGUGAAGUCGAGUUUCCAGUGAUCUCCGGAGUUAGUGCUUGCCCAGAAUCUCAGCUCCCUUUCCAUUGUGGGGUUCCCUUUCAGCGCCAAAAGGUAGGGGUGGUUCAUGCUGACUCUCUUGCAAUAAAUUCAAACAUGCACCAUACGUGGAAAUAAUUGUCAAUCUCAAAUCAUUGGGAGGAAAACGGAAUCCCCCCCCCCCCACACACACUUAUAUUUUCACUACGGGUCCAUGCUACUUAAAACAAUUAAGCUCGAGCACACCGAGGCAUGGUCCUAGGUGUUUCAAUGUUUAUCCACACAAAAAUCCUAACCAAAACCAUGCCACGGUGGCUACCAUCCACCACUCAAGCAUAAAAAUUGCAUAUUCACUCACAAAUUAGCACUUGGUGGGAAAAUUCCACAAAUAAAAGCAAUUCCAAUUA